ACUACCUCCGUUCCUAAUAAAACUUUCAAAUGGGUAUGAAAUAAUCCAGGAAUUAAAGCUUAAAGCUUAUUGAAGUCUACAUCUAAAGACAAAUCAAGCAUAAAACAUUUAGGAAUAAGUUGUUUAUGGGCGGCGUUUUCUUCUCCUAGCCUGGUCUAGGUCGUUUUGAGCGGGCGGCGCCGAUUUUCGGUGCUUUGGAGUCCCGAUUUUGCUAGCUUUUGCGGUUGAAGUGGAGUUUUGGUACGGGAAUUUUGCUUGUGGGCUUGGUGCUUAUGUAUAGUAUGUCAAUUUCCGGUGUGACGGAUCUAGCAGAUUGGAUGCCGGGUAUGGUUUAAGCAGGGUGCGUGGGCAACGACAACACGCUACGUGGGGUGCGAGGCUUGAUUCCCAAAUUCUUGGUUUAGCUAUUCUGGCUCUCUUGUUUAUUGAGAUGGAAGUUGCACCAAUUGUGUUUGAUCCGGGUGGAGAUCAGCGUGCGAUGGAGAGGUGGCUGAUGUGGCGCAGAGUAGUCCAGAUUCAAAGGUUGGAGAACGAAGACGAAGUGUUAAUGGCUCGUCCCCCUCUUGAACCGCCGCCAUGGAGGAGCCAUGCGAUUAGGGUUUGGGAAAAUGUUCUAUUCGUUGUUUCUGUUUAUUUUCAGUCCAAUUUGUUUUACUUUUUCAAUUUUAUUGAUUUUAGGAUAAAGAAUAAGGGGGUAGGUUAUUGUUUGUUUCAGUGGUUAGUUUUCUAAAUGGAGGCAAUGGGGCUGUUUCAGUCGCUAAUAGCCUCUUAGCUCUCACCGUUUCAGCGAUUAGUCUCACUCCUUUUGGGGUGGACUAUUCUAUGUCUGGGCAUGACGUGAGAGGGCCAAUGAGCUUUGGGUAUUGUGGAUCUAGUGGGAGUUGUUGGUAUGGGAUCUUGAUUGAUGUAAUGACUCGUUUGAUUCUAAUAUAAGUGUUUUCCUUUCAAAAAAAAA